UGUUUAAAGUUGCACCUGCUUCCUGAUGACUUCGGCAUUGGUUCUCCAUCCUCCUGCUCGUGAAAAUCUGUCCAAACUCCUCAAAACUUAUACUUUUGUUUGCUAAAAUUCAUUAACAUGCCAAGACGAGUCAAAAAAUCUCCAGCCCCCCAAAAUGAGGAUCCGGACCGGGAGAUGCGCAGAAACAGACUGGCUCUGUUUAUCCAGCAGUUUGAGAAAGAGGCACAAGAGCGAAUGAGGGAUCUAGAGGGCAAAAUGGAAAACAUGCUGGCCACAAUCGAUAAAGUCUUUAGGGUAGAACUGAUGAAAAUGCCCCCUUCUCUUAAAAAUAUGCGAAUGGGCGAUUUAAUAAGUGCGAAGGAAUUACCAGCAAGUGAUGUGUCAAUUGCUAUGAAGAAUGAGACUAAUGAACUACAACAACCACAAAGACGAGCCAGAAGUAGAUUAAAAUCAACGGACUCUGUACCUGAACAAGCCGCUCUUGCUGCAAAAGGCAGGACGACAAAGGGAGGGAAAAAUACCAGGGCGAGGACCAGAACGUUACCUGGGACUAUCAGCACUGGAAAUCUAAGGACCGCUGCAAUCAAAAGAACAGAAAGCAUGAAGAUCGGUGAUAAAAAUUCAGCGACAAAACCAAAGCUCAGGUCGGUGAUGUCAGCUGGUGACAUGCAGUGCUCUAUGGUUGGGGCAUCUGCUCACAUUACGGUCACCACGAGAGAGGGGCGGUCUGUUUGCUUUUCAGAGGAGACUAAGGAUGACAUAAACUUGGACCUUUUAGAUGAAGUAGCCUGGUGUCAAAUCCAGAAACUAACAACUUUAAUGGAUCAUCUGUCAAGUCGCUGCCAAAAAUGACAAAAUGUCUGCUUUGAUUUUUACAAUGUGUUUUAAAAAAAGUUAAUAAAGUUUGUAUUAGUUUAUCAAAGUUUUCUGGAAUCCAUUAUGCAGGCUAUGCACUGUGAUUCAUUGCUGUAAUCUAUAAAAGAUGUACUGUGUAACUUUUCUGGUGGAGGGUCCGCCAUCUUCUUGUUGCUAUGGUGAUCUUAUUGCUUUGCCUAGGAUGUUCUACAGUGUGGCAUUAAACAAAUAUAUAAUUUAUUUUUUCAA